AUGAAAGAAAACAAUCCAUCAAAUCAAGAAACAUCAAGAUCAGAUUCAUUCUCAAGUUCAAUUCAACAUGAUGAUCAAACUAUCUUAACUCAUCUAGCUACUUUACCAAGCGGAUUAGCUCAUUCAGAUUUAAAUCAAACACGAUAUGAAUCUUAUCUCAAGAACAACAGUCUCCUAACUUCAUCCAAAAAGUUAGAUGAGCUUUUCAAAUCUGGAAAAGGUGUAGACCCAUCUGAUGCUUUGACUCGACAAGAUGAUUGGCAAGACCUUGAUGCUCAUCGGGAUGAAGGACAAGUUCAAUUGGAUGUCAACCGUUCUUUUGUUCAUUAUCCUCUUGAAAUCGAGGAUUCAGACAAAGCUCAUCUAAGAUCACUACUUGAAAAUACCAUUAGGAGUGUUCUUCGAAGGUUCCCUAAACUUUGUUAUUUCCAAGGAUAUCACGAUGUGGUUUCAAUCUUUCUCUUAACGUUUGUUGACCUUAAAGCCCGCACCACUCAACCCACGAUCAAAAGCGAAAGCAUGACUUUGAAAGAAUCAAAGCCUCUGUAUGAGUCUGAACAAAUGGAAUUACUUAGCUUGGUCGUCAAACGGUUUACGCUGCAUCGAAUUCGUGAUAGUAUGACCACCAAUCUCGAUCCCAUCAUGGGAUACUUGAGAGUCACACAGUCUAUCUUGACCCAAGAACAUCCUCGUCUGUCAUCCAUCAUUGCCCAAACAUCAAAUCUACCGCUCUUCUCACUCUCCUGGAUCCUCACCCUCACCUCACACGAUCUUACUUCAUUUGAAGUCAUCUCACGGCUAUUCGAUUUCCUACUGUGUCAUAAUCCAAUUAUGAUCUGUUAUAUUGCCAGUGCGAUCUGUUUGACAAAAGUGGAUGAGAUUGAUGAAUUGAUUGCGGAAGCUGAAGAAGAAGGAGAAGUGGACUUUGAUAUGGUACACUUUAUCAUGUCCAAGUUACCUAAACUUUACAUACCUAGAGAAACUCAUCCUCAUCAAGAUAGCACUGAGAAAGUCGACUCUGAUACGAACCCCGAGCCGAAGAUUGAUGCUUCAGAGGAACCAGACGCUGUUCGCGAGGUCUCCUCGCAUGACGAGAAGGUACUUCCACAAGACGAAUCAACAGCAUCAGACAUAUCUCAGACGCAAUCUCAUGAGCGAAAUUCAUCUGAUGUGGCUCCCAAUCCUGCAUCGGAUCCAUCAAAUCACGGUCCCCGGCCAACUCCAGUUUCUCAUCAGUCGAUAGAAAAACAACCACUCAAACAACAAGACGGUAUUUCAGUUGAAGUUAUCAUUCAAUCAGCCUUAUCACUAUAUACCCAAUAUCCACCCAGCCACCCGAAUUUGAAACUCCAUGAAAUCUUAGGACCUAAAAGUUGUUUGUAUACAUGGAAAGAAAGUCAAUCAAGAGAAUUAACAGAUCAAGAAUCCGAAAAGAUAUUAAAUGAACCGAUCGAUCAAAUCGUUUUACCUGAUUUAAUUCAAUUAAAAAAAGAAGCGAAAAAGUUGUACAGAAAAAGACAACUUGAAAGAUCAUUGAGAAGGAAAAGAUUGGUUAAAGAGAUGAUUCGUAGAUUGGUUUCUAAGAAUGGAAUCUUUACUGGAUCGAUUCUUAUUGGGAUCAUCUCGAUUAUUUAUUUGAAAAAAGAUCAUUAUAAUUCAAGUUUUGGAUUCAUCGAAGUGUUUGAUCAGUUUAAGUAUUGGAUCAGUCAAACUUGGUGGUGAGUUUGGAUGAGCUUAGUUAAAGCAGCGAUGAUCUAUUUUGAUGAUGUAUAAUCUUAUAAUCUAUGGUUUUUAUUAAGUUUAAAUUUAUUACGGUCUGGUGUGUUUUUCUUUAUUGUGAAGAAUGAUACAUAGAUUUUUGAUGUAUAUACUCUUGUGAAUUAUAUAACUUCUCAUGUGAAGCAAUAAAAGCGCGUGUCAGAAUCUCGAGCUGGAAUCAACUAUUCAUCCCUUGACGC